AUGAAGUCAGCAGUGUAUUUAUUUUGCGUGGUUAUAUUGGUGACUGCAAGCCAAGCGUGGAUAGUUAGAAAUAAAUAUGGCGUAGUUGUCUAUAACUCAAAAUCAACUACAGAUUCGGGAUUUUUUGAGACUCCAACUCCAGAUGCAGCAAGUGUUCCUACAACUCAGAAACCUCCAGACGCUGAAAGUCAUGAUGCACUGUUAUCCAAGCUUCGCAGUACUAUUUCUAAUCUACGAGAUGAAGUUUUCAAAAGCCGCAAUUCCUUAAGCUCUGUUGGUUUAAAUGUCAACCAAUCUUAA